UUCUCACCAGUACCAAGUCAGUCGCCAGCCUCAUCUCAUCAGCAACCGAGAUCAACUACAAUGGCGUGGCUAUCUCGUCCUCUGACCGUCAUCGGUCUGGUCAUUCUUGCUCAUGGAUGUUACUCUGCGCAUGAGCACACAGUCCUCUCAUCCACUUCAGUCCAGCAUCCCACAUCACCGUCGGCAACUUCUCUACCCCUGGACAUUUACAUCGAAACCAUUGCUGCAACUCUUUUGAUCUGCUUGGGACUCGUGCUGGGAUCAGGAACGCCGGAGCCAAUUCAAUGGCACACUUGGGCUGGCAAGAUUGAGCGGGAGGGAGACAGUACCUCGGGCGAUGCGGACAAGGAACUGCGCAGCAAUCCUUUCAACGCCCUGGAAGCUCGAAGCGGGUUCAUCAACAUUAGCAAGCUGCGUAGCGACUUUGUCAAGUAUCAGCAGCUGGGCAAAUAGCUUCAAAUUUAAUGAUAAUCUUAAUAAUGGUAGUAACAACGAUACCCGAGUACGCUGAAGCUCUGAGCUUGGUUAAACGAUAGCAGCCAGUCAUAUUUUGUGCUCUUAUGUAAAUAAUUUUCACUCUGAAUAUCAAGUUCAAUAUCAUUAUCGGCCGCAUUCUGGC